UGUUUUCAAAGAAAAAACAAAGAAAGUUCAGUUGCCUUUUGAAAAACCAUGUCUAGGACAGCCACAACCUAUAUAACUGAAAAUCUCCACAGACAUCUUCUCUUAAGUCUACAGUGAUCUACAGUAUGAAUCAGUUCCCUUACUGAUUAUAUGGAUUCUUCCCUUCUGAUUCUUUCUAGAAUGGAAUGGCCAUUUAUUCCCUUAGUGACAUAUUGUUCCUUUGUCUCCCAGAAUGUUAGGUACACCUUGCCAGUCCAGCAGAGCAUGGCUCCACCUUACAAUAGGAAGGUUUGUCAGAGCUCAGAUGUGGAGAAAGAAUGGAUUCAAAUGUCCUGAGUGAAUGCCGAGCAGAACCUAUGGCUGCCUAGUGGAACCCAUCCAUGCAAUGAAAAGCUGAACUGUUCCAAGACCUCCUUCAAAAAAUACAGUUUAACAAACAUAAGACCAUGUCUCAGCUUCAGUUGCUCCGGAGACCUUUGUCUCCAAAGAUGGAACCUGAACAAUAUAUUCUAAAGAAGAAAUGCACAAAAGGCGUUCGUGAAAAAGAGAAAGAACCCGAAAAAGUGCUUGGAGGUGUUGACAGCCAGCCUGAAAAGAGCCAACCAAUUUCUUUGUGCUUUCCAGAUGACGAUUUUGGUGCCCAGCUUCCAGGCCCUCUUAAGAGAAAUUUCGUUAUCCCUGUCUAUUUGACUGGUCCCCCUAGCUUCCCAAUGCAAAACCGUCGUGCCCCUAUGCGGUUACAGCAUCCUACGCUGCACCCAUUUCAUUUACCAUCAGAUUUUGUGGUGAGCGGUGUGACUAUGGUAACCUCUCCUCUCCGUUCUGUAAUCCAGAAAUCUGUCCCUAAAAAGCCAUUCAUUUCUCAUUAUAAUUGUGAAGUCUUCAGUAAGCAGCUGAUUGCUAAAGAGAUGAAAGGUCCAGAGAAAGUUUCCACCAUAUAUUUAAAACUGGGCAAGUCUGAUGGAACAUUGGAAAGUCCAGAAAAAAGUCAAAGGAGCAAAAAAAGUCCAAAGAGCAUGUGGGAUGAAGAACAGAUCAUGCAAGAUGAGGAACAGAUCAUGCUGGAUAGGGAACAGAUCAUGCGAGAGAAGGAACAGAUCAUGCUGGAUAGGGAACAGGCCAUGCUGGAUAUGGAAAAGGAAUUCAAAGAAGAAAUGGAUUUUAUUAAAUCAUUUGUCUCCGGAGCUGGAUACGAUACUGAAUUAAGUGAAAUAGAUAAGGCCAAUGAAAUGCUAGACAAGGCUGAAAUGGCAGUUCUGUUUUGCAUCAUGCAUAGAAAAACUGGACUUAAUCUUAAGGCACAUUUUCUCUCUGAACUUCCUGACCUCUUGCCUUUGUCUGAUUUCUUGCUGUACCUAAACUUGUCAUAUAAUAAUCUGGAUUGCUUUCCAUUAGAGGUGAUUAAUCUGCAAUAUUUACAAGUGCUAAAGCUCCGAAAUAACCCUAUCAAAUCCAUCCCAGGGGAAAUCUCUGAUUUGAGGGAUCUUAAAUUCUUGACGAUGUCCUUCAACCUGCUCACCACUCUCCCACCUGAGCUAUUUACCCUGCCAAAUCUUCAGAGUCUUGAUGUUUCCUAUAAUGAACUCGAAUAUAUCCCUAACGAAAUACAAAAUCUCAGAAGCCUAGUCUACCUGAACUUGGAAGGAAAUCUACUUUACUCCUUGCCUUGUGGGAUUCUGAAACUUCAGUUGAAACACCUACUGGUGGAAAACAACUUCUUGCAUGCCUGUUUCUGGACUGAGACUUUCCUGAUGCAACCUCAGCGCCUUAGGGACAUGGCUGCCCUGUGUUUCGUUAAGCACCAGCUGUGGAAAAUAUAUCAUCAUUUACCAGAGGAGAUUCACGAUAUCAUAAGCAACUUUGCAGGCUGCGACUGCUGCAUGGGACCCUUGUACGGAAAAGGCUUCCGUUUUAUCCUCAUUUAUAGGAAUGUUUACGGACUAAGACUUCCAUAUCAGUUUUCAGCUUGCUCACCAGACUGCUAUACAGCUUUUGUCAAGUCAGCUGUGCCAACCUGACGGGUGUUGUUAAUGUUAGUCAAUUGAGAUUCAGGAGAAGUGAAUAACCAGUUGAAUAAAGCAAGCAAGCAAGCAGUGCUUUGGGUAUGGAAGGUAAAUUUCUGUUGGGGGAGGGGGCCUAAGGAUUAUUGUGACAUUCAAAGUUCAGUUAUUUAUAUAUCAUAUUUAGAAACUGCCAACCUCCCUCCUAGGGCGAUUCUGGACAUUCUCUUGAUUACCGUGCCCAUCUCUAAGCAACGUUGCGAAAAUCCUAGCACCGUUUCCAGUUUUUAACUAAAAAAAAAAAAAAAAAAAAGAACGACGUUAUUUUAAGUCUUUUAAUGUAAAUUAGUAUUUAGGAUUUGGGGAUCCUUUUUCUUAGCACAGCCUACAAUGUCAUUAGACAGAUUGUAUUUAUUUAUUUAUUUAUUUAAUUUAUAUACCGCCCUUCUCCCGAAGGACUCAGGGCAGUUUACAGCCAUGGUAAAAAGUACAAAUCAAAAAGUUAAAAAAGCAUUUAAAAACUAAUUAAAGACUGAAAAAAAUAUAAUAAAACUAUAUUAAAACCCCAAUAAAAAACUUCAUUAUGAUUAAAGGGAUAUAUGUGUGUGUAUCUGAUAGGCAUAAUGCUACUUUUUACUGCUGUACAUUCUGCCUUGUAAUAAAAUAAAACACUAUGCACUGAUAUAUUGCUUGAUCGUGUGAUUUUCCUGCUUUAGGACAAACUAAAUGAUGGGCUUCUAGAAUCAUGGGUAUCGUGUAUUUACGAGGCAAGACAAUCACUGCCAUUUUUCUCAUGAUUUGUGCUGCUAGUUUCUUGUGCUAUUUGUAGGAAUUUAAAUAAACUCAAUCAACAAAUGUAGGCAGCAGUGCAUUUAAAAUACAAUGUAGGUAGCAAUAGGUAAUACUUUGGUCAGCAUACAAGGAUACCAGUAGUACUUGAGGCUUUUGGAACGUAACAUUGGCACAAAUCUUAGUUUUCCAUGGCUUAUAGAAAUAUUGUUUGCAGCUGCGUAUAUUAUGUAGACUUUCUGUGAGUCUAAGGUUAAAUUUGACACUACGAAGUUUUCUUGACUGCUACCCCAAUAGUAAUCAAAGUUACUGUAACCCACGUUGUUUGUGAUAAUCCUAGCAUCGCUUCCUUUGACUCAAAAGUAAAAAUAGGUAGAUUCCCCUCGUACGUAUGUGCUAGUCAUUCCUGACUCUAGGGGGUGGUGCUCAUCUCCAUUUCAAAGCCGAAGUCAGUGUUAUCCAGACAUCUCCGUGGUCAUGUGACCGGCAUGACUAAAUGCCAAAGAUGCACAGAACACUGUAACCUCCUUAACAUAUAUGUUUUCAGUUCCGUAAAAUACUAAUGUUUAAAAUAUAACCUUAUAUGGUAGUGUGCAUACUCAGGAAAUGUAUACGUAAGACAAACGUAUAAAUAAAUCUCAAUGUAUGCCCAUCGGGGGUCAGACCCUUAGCUGCGUUUUGCUGUUUGAACCUGCGCAUUAAACCUUUCUUUCACUGAAGAGCUGGCUUGCAUCCCAUCAUUCUACAACAAAAGAUGGUCCCUAUUUUUCUAUUUCCAUUUUUUACGUGUUUUCGAACUGCUCGGUUGGCAGAAGCUGGGACAAGGAACAGGAGCUCACCCUGUUACGCGGCACUCGGGAUUUGAACCACUGAACUGCUGAUCUUUCGAUCGACAAGCUCAGCAUCUUAGCCACUUCCAAUUUUUUUAAAAAAAUAAUUGGAAAAUUAUUUUUCCAAAGUAAAAAUAUGAUGCUGUAAAUACCAUUUUCUUAUUAAUUUGCCAAUUAUGCAUCUGGCAAAACAAACCCUUCCAUGAAGCUACAAUAAAAUCAGGACUCAAAUGUUAUUCGCUAUGGCAAGCUAUAAAAGGCAGAAUGCAGAAAAAGACUCCAACAAUUCUGCAAAUGUGCAGAAGGUGCUUAAUUGUCUUCCUUGCCAGCUCUCCAAAACUAAAUGAAAGCAAUGGCCUUUUAC